AUGCCCGUGGCCGACCUGCCCGACGUUACGUGGCCGCUGCCGGACCUCGUGACGAGGCUGAACUGGGAGCUGCCAGACGGCCACUUCAAGGGGUGGGCGCCGGGCCAGGACAACGAGUUCAUCCGAAGAUACAACAGCAGGACCCCGGACUGGCUGCCGGCGCCGGCGCCUACCGGGUUCCGUCGCUGGGACCCGGAGUCGAGGUCGAGUCGGGGCAACGACAGCGUGACGGACCCGGAGCCAAGGUCGAGUCGGGGCAACGACAGCGUGACGGACCCCAUGGCCGCCGCGGCGUCUCCGGGCUCGACAUCCGACGGCCACCAUUUUUACAACCCGGUCGACGACCCCUUGAGGAUCAACAAUCUCGGCGGAGACGUGCUGCCCGAGUUGAGGAGCGCACUGGGGCUGGAUUCGGUCAACAUCAGACACGUCGUGCUCAUCCAGAUGGAGAGCAUGCGGCAGGAGCUGUUCCCGCUCCGCAACGGCUCCAGCUUCCACAAGAUGGUGCUGCAGUCUCACGACAAGUCGUUCCGCCACGACGAGGUGAACCGCCAGCUGGCCCGGCUGGGUAUCAACGCGCAGAGAAUCACCGGAGUGCCGGCCAGCUUCGAGACCUCUGACGGGAAACCCAUCGCGGUAGAAUCUGACGAGUGGCACGACACGACGGACGCCGGCUUGGGGGGCCUCAACGUCGUUGGCACGCACACGACCUGCAGCUCGUCCAUCAAGAGCCUGGCGGCCAUACACUGCGGCGCCUGGCCCUUGCCCGUCGACUGGUCCGCGGAGUCGGGGCUGCAGAGCUACCAGCCCUGCUUGCCGCACAUAUUCAAGCUGUUCAACGCGCUCAAGGACGGAGCGUCCAACGCUUCCGACUAUCGCGAGCACCAGUGGUAUCCCGCGCUGUUCCAGUCCAUCGCGGACGAGUUCGACAACCAACACGACAUGGACAGGAUGAUUGGAUUCGACCUCACCGUGACGAGGAAGCAGGUCGACGAGCGGAACCAAAAGGGGGAGACGGACGAGAAGGAGAUCAACUACUUUGGAUUUCCGGAGACGGCCAUCAGACCGGACAUCAAGGAGUACGUCAAGGCGGCGGUAGAGGGCAACAAGCGCAUGUUCCUCUCCCACUUCACGAGCACGACGCACCAUCCCUGGGGCACCCCGACGUGGUUCCAGAAGACCGAGUACAUGGGCACGAAGCGUAGCGGGCUGACGGCGUCGCACGACGACAUGAACAAGUACCUCAACACGAUCCGCUGGAACGACGCCUGGAUCGGCGAGAUGAUGCAGCUGCUCGACGACUUUGGCGUCGCAAACGAGACGCUCGUCGUCUUUGUCGGCGACCACGGGCAGGCGUUCAAGGAGGACGCCCAGGUCAGCGGCACCUACCAGAACGCCCACGUCAGCAACUUCCGCGUCCCUCUGGCGUUUUGGCACCCGCGGAUCCCGCGCGUCCAGCUGGCCGUCAACUCGACGUCCAUCAACAUCUUGCCCACCGUGCUGGACCUCUUGCUCAGCACCGUGUCCCUGGGCGCGAGGGACGCGGACGCAGCGGCGGACAUUGUCCAGGACUACGAGGGACAGUCGCUCAUCCGGCCGUUUCAGGCCACGAGGCGCGGCCGUCGCGCCUGGAACUUUGGCGUGGUCAACCCGGGCGGUCGCUUCCUCGCCGUGACGUCGGCAGACACGCCGUGGAGACUGGUCCUGUCCUGGGACAACAGCGCCGAGUACGUCUUUACGAGCACGGGAGAGGACGGGCUGAGAGAGGACGAAGAGCUGCUGGGCUGGUCUCUCGACGGGCUCGGGUCCGAAGUCGAGCGGAAGCUGGGCGUGGACGCGGCCGCCUGGGUGCGCGAGGCAGAGUCUGUAGCGCAGUGGUGGGCGGUGGAACGCAAGCGACUGUGGCAGACGUCGUGA